AAUGAAACAGCAUGGCCAACCCUGCCGCAGAUGACUACUCUCAGUCAACCUCAUCCUGCAAAAGACCGCUCCAAAGACCAGCUACCGGGGUUGCUUCGCUCAGCAUUGCCGUUUCACGCAUCCAACUCGACUCUGCAACAGUCAGCUGAGUCCACGUCGCGACGUCAUCCGCUUUUGAUCCGCCACGCCUAGACGAGCCUGAGACACUGUAGUAAGCAUCGCGAACACUCCAAGGCGAGCGCCGGCCAUCACGGCCUCGUCCCGGGGCACCCGCAAUGUCAACCGAGCAGGUGCUACACGCCUACCGGCAUCUCUAUCGGGGACUCUUGCACGCCGUCCAAUUCUCCAAGCCAGCACGCUAUGUCGCUCGCGAUCGUCUGAGAGUGGCCUUUCGCGAGGAGGGUGCCGUUCUUGAGCCGCGCAGCAUCGCCAGAACGCUACGCUUUCUGGAAGCCGCCACCCGGGAGCGCGGCCUCGAGCACAAGGUGCUCAAGAAUCUGCUGGCGACACAAUUCUUCAGAGCUCAACAAGAGCAUCUGACAUGGAAGCAUGUCAAGCUAAAUCAGUCGCUGAAGCACACAAAGUGGGCAUCACCUCUCGAAGGACGACAGGAGGGAGCAAACGAAAAUUUGGCUAACAACAUUGCAGGAACGAUCUUACAAACCAUUUACACAGUACCGCAUUUCGUCACUACGACAUGACUGUAGCCAUGCUGAACAAGUCUCUCGGGCUAUGUCUACGAUGAGCAGAAUACAUUGUUCUCAAGCAGGCAAGACAAUACAAAAUUUCCCCUUCAAAGCCACAACUCCAGAGGUCAUUAGUGAGGUCAGAGUUCAUGAUUUGAUGGACGAGACACAAGAAGAGCCUGGUAUACACACAACAAUAUUGUAUCCUGCACUUGCAACAAGUCAAUGGUAGCGGAUCCCUUCAUGAAGAUCAGUCUGGAAUACUUUGCACACGCGGCCACCGUUUGAUGAAUCCAUUGACUGGUAUAGACAAUGAAUGCGCACUGGGUCUGGCAAGACGGAAUUCGACGUAGGCCUGUCCUCAGACCCGCGCGUCUUCGCAGAUGCACGCAUGCAUUCGAUCUCGAUUCAAAACGACAUGACACUAUGCUCUCGAAACGCAUUGUUUCUAGCCUCCUUACCC